AUGGCGCUGCAACAGGGCAGAUCUCUGUGGAUGAGAGCCUGCUUCAAUGUGGAUAUGAAGAGUUUGAACAGGACCAUUCUUCAUUUCAGGGAGAAGGACAUGGAUCAACACUUCAGCCGACCGACAUGGAGCAGGCAGAUAGAGUUCACUCUGGCCGGCAUUGGCGCUGCUGUGGGGCUUGGCAACGUGUGGAGGUUCCCCUAUCUCUGCUACAGGAGUGGAGGAGGUGCCUUUCUGGUGCCAUACCUGUUAAUGCUGGUGGUGUUGGGAAUCCCUCUGCUCCACAUGGAGCUGACUGUGGGCCAGUACACAAGGAGAGGACCUGUCCAUGCUCUGAUUAAGGUCUGCCCACUGCUGAAAGGUGUGGGUGUGGCAUCAGUGGCAAUCUCCUUCAUAAUGUGCACCUACUACAACAUUGUUAUCACGUGGGCUCUUUACUAUCUCUUCAGCUCCUUCCAGGCCCCGCUGCCCUGGCAGAGCUGCAACAACACCUGGAACACACCGAACUGCACCAACCAUGCCACCAACAGCAGCUACUCCUCCACAGCCAGCCAGGAGUUCUUCAAAAAUAAGAUGCUUGAGCAGACCAAUGGAGUGGAGGAGGCAGGAGAGAUACGCUGGGAGCUUCUCCUCAUCCUCUUUCUGGCUUGGAUCCUCAUUUACCUUUGUAUCUUCAAGGGAGUGAAAUCAACAGGCAAGGUGGUGUACUUCACGGCCCUGUUCCCGUACGUCAUCCUGAUUGCCCUGCUCAUCAAUAAUGUGCAGCUUCCUGGAGCAAUAGAUGGAAUAACCUUCUUCAUUGUGCCAAAAUGGGACAAGCUGCUCUCAGUGGAGGUGUGGGUGAACGCUGCAGCUCAGAUCUUUAACUCCAUUGGGAUUGGUUUCGGCUCCCUCUUGGCCAUGUCCAGCUACAAUUCCUUCAACAACAACGUUCUGAAGGACACCCUGACUAUAAGUAUCCUCAACUCCCUCACCAGUAUCCUGGCAGGCUUCGUAAUUUUCUCCGCCUUUGGAUACAUGUCUCAUCUUCAGGGCAUUCCUGUCAGCGAUCUGGCUGUGGACGGUCCAGGACUGGUUUUUGUCGUUUACCCACAAGCCUUUGCCAACAUGCCUGUGCCUCAGCUCUGGGCUGUGUUGUUCUUCUUCAUGCUGCUCUGCCUUGGACUGGAUAGUGAGUUUGCGAUGGUUGAAGUGAUGGUGACCAGUCUGAUGGAUCAAUUCUAUCAGCAGCUGAUGGGAUUUUUUAAGAGGCAGGAGCUGUUUGUUCUCGCUGUCUGUGGUGCAGCCAGCCUUUUAGGAAUUCCUUGUGUCAUGCAGGUGGGAAUCUUUGUUUUUCAGCUGAUGGACCAUUACACUGCGAUCGUGUCCAUCAUGUUUCUUGCAUUCUUUGAGGUUAUAGCAAUCUGUUGGUGCUAUGGUGUGAAGCGACUUUCAGACAACUUGGAAGAGAUGACAGGGAAGAGAGCAAAUAUCUUCUUCAGACUGUGCUGGCUCAUAGUUGCUCCUGCACUGAUCGCUGUUCUCCUCAUUUUCUCCAUCAUACAAUUCAAACCAGCCCGCUACGAGGACUACAUCUUUCCUCCCUGGGCUCAGGGCGUUGGGUGGGUCAUUGCCAUGGCUUCCAUCAUCUGGAUUCCCCUGGGUGCAGUUCACACGUUGUGGGUGCUGCCUGGCUCAUUCAUGCAGAAACUGAAGCUCUCGAUCACACCGCACAGCCUGGAUGAGAAGUCCAAAAAGACGUUUGAUGAGAGGGGAGGAAAAGAUGCAUAUCCAGUCAUGGCUGUCAUCAGCUCCAACUCUCUUGUGACUGAAAAAUCUCACAUUCAGACAAACCUCUGA